AUGAAGCUUCUACUGUGGGCCUGCAUCUUUUAUGUUGCUUUUGCAAAGAAGCGUUUCCACUUCUUAGUUUCAGGUGUAUAACAUAGUGAUUCACCUUCUCUAUAUGUUAUGCUAUGCUCACUACAAAAGUUCUCUCAUCUGGAUUACAGUGGCAAUCAUUACCCUCUUAACCCAUCUCUGAAUAUUCCUUAUCCCACAUCAGACAAUAAUUUUGCUCCUCCUUUUCAUCCUUCAGGGAAUGAAAUCCCCAAUUACCGUGGGAAUCCUGACCCUGAUUCAGGGGGACCCUCAUAUCCCUGGAUUCUCAGUUCUCCCGGAGCUCUCCCCUACCACAGUCCUAGUUUUCCUGUAACUACUUGGCUGUCCUCCUCCUCUCCUCCUACUCCUCCUCAGAAAUCUUCCCUCUUUGCCCUUCCCUCAAGUACGCUUGGAGGACCUUUUUUCCCAGACAGUGCUCCCAUGCCUAAGCCUGCUGAACCUUACAUAGCCACAGCUCUUGUAGCUGUACCUACUACACCUCCCAACCCAAAGCUUAUUGCCAUUGAGCCUGGGCCCUUAGAGCCUGAUGACGCCGAGCCUGUGGCUUCAGAACACCAGCCUUCUACUUCCCUGGAUUAG